AUGUUUAAAGGGCCGGGGAGGGGUUGUUUGAUGACAUUUCUAGUUCUUACCUCGUUAAUCUACAAGUCAUCUCAGAUAGGUUCAGUUACACCAGAAAUUAUUGUACUAGAUACCAAUGGCAACCAAAAAGAAUUGGAUGGUAUUGCUAUUGUUUACAAUUCCUACGUCACUCUAAUUUGCCGUACAGUUUCUGACGAACAUCUUCUAAGAUGGCUGUAUGCACCAUCACAAGAUGGAACGUUUACGCCACUAAAUAAUACAGGACACAUUACCAUUUCUUCUCAAAAAAAUGAAGAAGUAUCGUUGCUGCUCGUCAGCGUUCAGUUUAAUAUGUCGGGCGUAUAUCAGUGUACUAAUGGACUUGCCAGUCGUCAGAUAGACGUUCAUGUUUAUGGAGUUUUAAACAAGAUUAGUAGUACUGUCCACUUGAUAAAAAAACAUGAGGUGGUUGGUGCUUACAGUCUUCAGAUUAACACAAUCAAUUCAAGUUAUCAUCCUGUUGUUGCGUGUGAAUUUCGAGUUGGUUCAAACGGUAUACGAUACACUACUGUCCGUUGGAGAGGCGGAAAGUAUCAUGUUAAACCCAAUCUUUACAAAGUUACUGAGAGUCGAGAUGAAAAGUCUGGCAUAAUAUGGAGUAAUUUGACAUUGCUUCAUCCUUCCUAUGACCAAGAACUGUACGGAAAAUAUUACUGCAUGUUCAAUAUUGUACCUGGUACUAUGGAGACAGCUGAAUUACAAAUAAGCAUUCCACCAUUAAUACACAAAAAUGAACGUAGUGUAAAUCUUUAUUCUGGUGUGAAAUACACUUACUUCUGUGAUAUUAUUGCCUACCCACCAAUCACUGAACCUGUUUCAUGGAUGAGGAACGAUGUUCCUCUAGUAAUCCAACAUAAUGGGAGAAUUUCUGUUCAUGAUAAUUCUGAAAAUCGUAUACAUUUUGAAAGUAAAAACGUUCUCAAUGAUCAAAUUGUAUUCGAUACAAUACAACCAGAUGAUAGAGCUGUCUAUUCAUGUUUUGUUCGUGGAGCAUUUGGAAAUGAUACGGCGGCUUUCUUUUUACGAGUAAAAGAUCGUCGUGCUCCUCUAUGGCCUUUAAUUGGUAUUAUCCUAGAAGUGGUAGUUUUGUUCAUAAUUAUUUUAAUUUAUGAAUUAAAACGCCGUGAGCGUACUAAACGAGAAGAAGUUGGAGAAAAUUUGGUCACAUCUAGCAAAACGCCAAAUGCAGCGUAUGGAAUUGAUGAAGCGAGUGAAAAUAUGUUAUUACGACAACGAGGUGAUCGUCACUAG